UUUCGUCAUAUUUAAUGAAACGCAUGCUGUCAACAGAAAAGCUACCAUUACAAGGAAGCCUCGCAAUCAAUACAUGUGCUAGUAUAUUAAGACUGUUUAUCACAAAAAAUCACAAUAAGAAUCAAAAUACGCGUCGAAAAUGACAUAAACGGAUGCGUUAUCCAAAUUCCUGUCUGUUUUAGCUAAUAGUAUUAUUAAUCGGAGCAGAAGACGUUUUCAAUAAGGAAUAUUCUGGAUUAAGAUUAACCCUGAAUGAUGCUUUAAAAUGCAACAUUUCUGGUAAAACACAAUACUAGAAAUGGCUUUAGUGGACGCUGAAGAAACGUACAUAGAACUGAUCUUUAAGUUCUUCCAAGACAACAAUGAAACAGAUAAUGUAGAUUUUACCAGACCCCAUGUUCGACCGUCACUUCGGUAUGUAUAUCCCAUGUUUAUGUUCCUCCAUGCGUUAAUUGGCAUCGCUGGAUUUGUUGGAAAUAUUGGAAUUCUGUUUAUCAUUGGAAAACACCGUUUAUACCGUGACCAAACACAUUUCUUUUUGGGCAACAUAGCCUUUGCAGACAUCAUAAAAUGUGUUGUUGUACUACCAAUAACACUCGCCAAUCUGCUCAUUCAUAAUUGGAUCUUUGGAAGUUUUCUUUGUUUCUUUCUGCCUAUGAUUCAAUGCUUUCCAAUACAUGCUUCCAUGUUGACAUAUUUAAUGAUAGCCAUUGACAGAUAUCGCUUUAUUGUUACACCAUUUAAGACGAGAGCACCUGCUGGACUAUGCAUCAUCGGUGUCUGGGUUGCAGCUGUAUGCGUCGUUUUGCCUUAUGCGGUUUAUAUCAAAUUUAUAGAUCUCGGUGCUAUAUUAGGAUAUCGUUUUGAAGGAGUUGGAAUUUGUUACGUUAACCAAGAACGACAUAUUGAAGAAUACAUCCGAGCCAUGUUUGUAACAAUGUAUGCUAUGCCAUUAGCUGUAAUUGGGUUUCUCUGCGUCAAAGUUUCUGCAGAACUCAAAAUGUUAGAAACUCGUCCAAUGUAUAGCGUGCAUUAUUCCUCCAAUACAAAUUCAUCACAAGUCACAUGGCCAGAACAAAAUGGUAAUGUGAAGACUGAUUCAUCAACUGCAAGUAACGAAUAUAAACCCAAACACACCUAUCAAGGAAACAAUAAUCAAGACACCGAUGACGAUAUUGAUGUUGACAAAGAAAAGAGAACUCAGAACUAUAUCAUAACCAUGGUAACGUUAUUUGCCAUGUGCUGGUGUCCUCUCAAUAUUCUUAUCCUGGUGCAAUAUUUCGUUCACGAGAAUGGGGACAACACCGGUCAUUUUGAUAUAACUUACAUAACAUUUACGUGGUUUGGAUUUCUGUCAACAUGUACAAAUCCCGUAUUGUUCGCAUCAUGCCAUAUGUCAGAUUCCACCAAAGAUCGAUUGAAAGGUUACUUCCGUUUUAGCACAAAAAGAAAACAAAAGCCAACACGACGUGGGAAACCAGACCAAAGAGAGAGUUUCGAAUUUGAACAUCGCGUUGAAAGUAGACCUAGACGUGUUGAUAGUGUAUAAUACUUGUCAAAUACAGGACGGGUUGGAAAUGUCUAAUUUGUAUUCUGCAUAGUAAGCUAGUCUAUUGUUAUCUACAUGCGAACAGUUGAUUUUUCAUUAAAUCUAACAAAUUGUAUACAUGUGAGAGACACGGGGUUAUGAAAAAUACGAGUUAAAGAAAAUGUUAUCAAUGUGGGUUUUAUGUUGAACAUAGAAAAAUUUAGAAACAAACGCUAUAGGUCAGAUUUUUAGAACAAUACGAACACCACAAAAACGGAUGUAUUCCGUUUAAGUCUUGUGGUCUGGAAAAGCAAGUUUAUUUGUUCUAUAACUCGACAAGUGACAUUUGUCUUAUUACUCCAAUUCUUUCCGAUAUAAAUUUAUAGCAGGAUUGUUUUACCCUAUCAUAAAUUAUCCCGUUGCAUUCCCAAUAACACAAUGUACCUAAAACAUUUACAAUAAUUACAAGAUACUGUAUAUAGAGAUGAUCUAAAGUCUCCAACCGAGAUAGUCUAGUGAGUUUCCUUUCUGACGUAAACCAUUGAAUUGAAAUGUUUUUGACGAAGAAUAAUCCGCCUGCAUUGAUGUGAUAUCUAAUUCGAUAUAAAAAUAAACAUAACGGUGCCUCAUAUUAAUCUUUUUUUUAAUAUCAAAUAUAUCUAUAUAUGAAGUAUGUAUAUAAAAUCAAUAAUAUCUAUUUCAAAUAUAUGUUAUUUUAGUAUUGUAUCAGGAAGAAUAUUGUAAUUUGCUAAUUUUGUGAAAAGUAAUUAUGGUCUGAUGUCAUAAAAGAUUUAUUCAGUAUGCGCUGAUAAAUUACACAUUAGAAAGCUGUUUUAAGCUUGACACUAGAAAGGGAAGUCGAAUUUAUAACUGCACUGCAGUGAUGCUAUCAGCAUAAAUUAUUGAAGGAAAAAAAGGCUAUUGUUACUAGUAAUUGUUUGUUCGGUCACCACAAAGAAUAAUUUAUCACCAGGGAUAAAUGAUAAUCUAGCGACCAAACUUGCUCAAUAGUAUUUUGUUUUGUAAUUUCUAUCAUUCAUUAUUCAACAUAAAACUGAUUCCACAAAAUUUGAGCUGUUUACUAUACUGAAAGACUGCUUUUUUAUGUCGGGUUGUCAGAAGUAAUUAAUAUUGCACUUGAAUUUUGAAUUUGUUAGGAAUUAUAUUUGGCAGUUUUAUUUUUGUAACCUGUAAGACAGCUGCGUAUCAACUGUAAUGUAAUGCCGUUAUCAUAAGUUUGAAAUAUAUAUGAAUAGUGUUUAUUGUGAUUCAAAUAUAGCAAAUAUGGAAGAUAUUUGCUCGUAUGAUUGGCUGAACAAUAUGGGUAACCUAGUUACCAAUUAAAUUCUAUUUAUUUUUAAUAAAAAAAAAAUGUUUACAUCGGAACUUUUCAGAAAUGUUUUACAAAUUGACAGAGUGGUAGUAAGUUGAAGGCGAGUUAUUAACCAUGAUUAACGAAAGAUAACAUGGAAAAUAUUUCAAGCGGAGCUGAUAAUAAACAAAAAGAGCUGGGUUAUUUUAAUGCUAAAUGAGGACCAUUAUGUAGUUUUGUUUUUUAGCCUAUUUUAAUUUUCUUUAUAAAGAUUCUACCAC